AUGAAAGGACCUGCGAUGCCGCUCUGGCGCUUCUGGCUGCUCAGUCUUGGUGUUUGCCUCGGCCUGUUCCUGUCCAUGAUUGAUUCCACCAUUGUGGCGACCAGCCUCUACACAAUCGGGGCCGAGUUCCGCACCGUGGAUUCCGUCAACUGGGUUGCCUUGGCCUACACCCUGGCCUAUCUCGGCUGCGCCGUUACCUUUGCCAGCUUCUCCGAUGUCAUCGGGAGGCGCAAUGCCUUCGUUGUCGCCUACGUCAUCUUCUUUUCCUUCUCUCUCGCAUGCGGUUUCGCUCGAAACUUACCUCAGUUGAUCGCUUUCCGGGCCUUUCAGGGCAUCGGUGGUUCUGGACUCUACUCGCUCACCAUGAUCAUAUUGCCCGAGGUCUGUCCCUAUCAACUUCGACAGUACAUCGGGAGCAUCGUGGGCCUGGUCAUUGCCGGCUCUGGGGCCCUGGGGCCCGUCUUGGGGGGGCUUCUGACGCACUACGGAAGCUGGCGAUGGGUUUUCUGGAUCAAUGGACCCAUCGGAUUCGUCUCCCUAUCCAUUUUCCUAGGCACGUGGCCCAAGGUAGACCAACUGCCCGCCAUCCAACGGCGCGCCGGCAAGGACUUUGAUUAUGCCGGCUCAUUCCUGGUCAUUGCAGCCUCCGUCCUCGUGGUAUACGCAUUUCAGAUUGCCGGAGAGGUAACAGAGAGCGUCUGGGGAAAUGCCAUAUUCAUUGCGCCUCUCGCGGCCGGUGUCGUGGGAUGGAUUGCGCUACUCACCUGGGAGCACGUGGUUGAGACUCGACUUGACCAGCGAUUUGCGCCGGCAUUUCCCAUCAGUCUCUUCCGGAACAGAGCAUAUGCGGCUGGUGCUGCGUCGACGCUGUUUCUAGGCUACCCCUAUCUGCUCCUCAUAUACUCGUUCCCUCUCAGGGCACAGGUAGUGAGUGGAAAGAGCGCCCUUGUAGCGGGAAUCAUGUUACUGCCUAUGCUGGGUACAUCGGCCUUGGGAAGCGCGAUUAGCGGCAAGGUCAACAGUAAGAGAAACUUUCUCUGGGAGACUCUGCUUGUUGGAGCCACUCUCAUGACUCUCGGCUCGGGGCUUUUGACGACCAUUUCUGGAGCCAAGGACGACUCAAAGGCGCUGGGAUUCCUGACCUUCUCUGGGCUCGGAUUCGGGCUCUCGACUGCAGCGGCAACCAUACUCGUCACCGUGGAGGCUCCUGCUCGCGAACAAGCAGCCGCACAGGGAAUCUUGGCUCAGCUACGAGUUUUGGGGGGCAGCUUGGGAAUAUCUACCUCGACAAUAUUCGUACACGCCGAGGCCAGGAAAUACUUGACUGGCAUCCUGACCGAGCGCGAAAGAGUCAUGCUGGGGCGAGAUGGGUAUCCCCUGUCAAACGAGCAAUGGGAGGCAAUUCAUCUUGCUUACUCGGAAGCUUUUCGGAAAGGAAUGGUUGCUGCGGCCGCGGUCUCUGGAGCUGCCGUCCUCUUGACGUUGGGUGGAUAUCGACGUAGCCGGCAAGGCUUCGAGGAUCAACGACAAGCUCCAGUGCAGGCAGACGGGUCGAAUGAAGCAUAUGAGACGGGCACGAGAGAGCGCGACGUUGCUCAGAUCGCGUAA